AUGGAUCCUUUUCUAUCUGCUCACGUGACUAGGGAUUGGUCUAAAACUUCUCGUAAAACAGCAUCCACAGGACUCCAAAGGCUUGCAUCGUCCGAAGGUUUAAAGAUCGUGGGAGGGAAUGAAGCUUCACCGGGCUCAUUACCAUACCAAGCAGCUUUGUUACGUACCUACAGUGAUGGGGUGAGAUUUUGUGGAGGGUCUCUCAUCACCAGAAGAUACGUGUUAACAGCUGCCAGAUGUUUAUCCAGUGGAUUGCAAUCAUUGGAAGUAAUUCUUGGGGCACAGAAAGUUUUUGAAGAUGAACCUUCUCAACAAGUGAUUCGCACCUCCAGAUUUAAAAUGCAUGAACAGUACAAUAAUCAAUUACAAGAUAAUGAUAUAGGGAUCGUUUAUCUUCCAACACCAGCCAGUCUUAAUCAACACAAUCAGCUUGCAUCAUCUGAAGGUUUAAAGAUCGUAGGAGGGAAUGAAGCUUCACCAAACUCUUUACCAUACCAAGCCGCUGUGAUACUUACCUAUAGUGAUGGAAUGAAUUUGUGUGGAGGAUCUCUCAUCUCCAGACGUUACGUAUUAACCGCUGCCAUGUGUUUAUCCAGUGGUUUCGAAUCGAUGGAAGUAGUUCUUGGGGCGCAUAAAAUUUCUGAAGUUGAACCUACCCAACAAGUGAUUCCUACCUCCAGGUUCAAAGUACAUGAACGGUAUAGACGUCAAUCACGAGCUAAUGAUAUAGCUUUGGUUUAUCUUCCAACACCAGCCAACCUCAAUCAGUACGUUCAACUGAUUCCGCUUCCCAGUAGAGCUGACGCUGCGAAUAAUUUUGUUGGAAGUCAGGCAAUUGUAAGUGGUUGGGGAUUCAUUUAUGCUGAUAGCAACGAUAUAAGCGAAGUACUGCGAUAUGUCAAUGUUCCCAUUGUACAAAACAAUGUGUGUAGAAUACAGCUUGGUCCUGCCAUUACAAACUCAAACAUUUGUUCUGGGGGAGAUGACAUUAAAGGCACUUGUUUUGGAGAUUCUGGUGGACCUCUGGUCGUCAAUGGGAAAUUGGUUGGUGUAGCUUCAUUCAUAGGUAAUCCUGAUUGUCAAGCCGGCGAUCCAAGCGCCUUCACAAGAGUAACACCAUACUUAAGUUGGAUUGCAGCAAACAGUGAUGCUGUUAUUUCUUAAACAUUCCUUAAAUAA